AUGGGCAAGACACACCGAUUAGGGUUUAGAUCGUUGGAGAUGAUCCCCCCUCCUCUUGGGGAAGUAAGGUUAUGGGCGCCAGUACGGUCACAGUACGGUAACAGUACGGUAAACCCGGGCUUGUUUGCCAAUGGCGGGCGGUCUGUCGUGCAGGAGGGUGGUCACGGAGACACUUCUCGUACCCGGGCCGUACCCGGAGGGCAACUGGUCAAGUGGGAGGAGUUGCUGUUAGUCACAAUUUCCCCUCAGCGGAACCGGAGGAACAGGGGGCGGAAUAUGCGGUCCCAAGAGGUGUUUUUUAGGCUGGUAAAGGGCUGGUAA